GCCGCCGCUAUAACGUUUCCGUUCGCCUACCCCGGCCAUAGCGUCCCGUACACCGCUCUGAAGGACGCGGGCGGACCCUCUUCCGCCGGACCUAGUGACAGUAAAACACAAGAUCGAGAUGAGGUCGUUAUUCUUGUUAGCGGCACUGUGCUGCUUAGUUUUGUCGGCGUACGCGAGCCCUAUCGUCCGACAGGAUGAGGAGAAUAAGGAGGUGGGCAGGCAGGCCGCAGCGCCCGCCGCGCCUGCUGCCUCCGCGGAUGAUGACGACGACGACGACGACGAUGAUGACGAGGAUGAUGAUGUAGACAUCGAAGACGCUUUAUCAGCAGAUGACGACGACGACGACGAUGACGACGACGAUGAAGACGAAGAGGAGUCCGACGAUGAUGAUGACGAGGACUACUUGGAGAGGUUCUUUGAUGACAUCUUAGGAGGGGAAGACGAUGAUGACGAUGACGAUGAGCCCGCUGCCGUCCAGCCGGUCGUCGCGCCUGCUGAUAUUGUUGCUGCUGCGCCCGCGGUCGAAGAAGUCGCCGCCGCAGGAGAAGAAGCCGAAGCCGCUGAGCCCGAGGCUGCCGCAGAAGGCGAAGAAGCCGAGCCCGUACAAAAGGAGCCCGUGAGCGCCGAGACCGAGGCCGCCGCCGCCGCCGCCGAUGUGGCAGCCGCCGACAACGAGGCCGACGACGACGACGACGACGACGAGGACAUCACCGACGCGCUCGACGAGGACGACGACGAGGAGGACGAGGAGGAGGAGGACGACGACGACGAAGACGACGUGACCGACGUGCUCGGCAGGAACAACUCCCACAAGCACGCACGCGCGUUGAGCGAGGCAACCACUAAGAAGCCGCCUGUGCCAGCCAUCUACAUAGUGAAGUACAACCGCUUCGUGGACAACAUUCUAGAGAAGAUGAACGACAUCCUGAGGAAGUCAUAUGAUCCCGUCAGUGUGAAGCUGCAGCCAAUUGAUGCUAGCAAGAAGAGCACCAAGCCCAAGAAAAGCAGCACUAAGAACAACAAAAAGAAAUCUCACAAGAAGAAGAAUACCCCUCGCACCGGAGACAGCAAAAAAGACAAAACACCCGAAAUCGCACAAGCCGAAAAAGAUAAAUUCGAAGAGAAACCUAAAAUCGAAGAAAACAACGUUACCGAGAAACUGAUCGAAAACGCAUCCGAAUCGAGAGCCAAGAAAGAAAAGGCUGAAAGCACUAAAGCUAAGCCAACGACUAUUCGAACGAAACCGGCUAAGGCUACUAAGCCGAAACCAAAACCCCCAACGAAGAACAAGAAGCCAGUGAACAGCAAUAAGAUUAAGACAAACGAAAGCAAGAACAAGCCUCGUGCCAAAGGAACUUUGUACGGUCUGUCGUCGCUAAGAAGAGUUGGAGACGUUGCUGUGAACAUCAUGUCGAACAGGACCAUGGUAAAGAGCAAGUUCGCCGUGGGACCACUCAUUCUGAGAGUCGAGAAGGAGGUUGGCCGCGGCGCUAAGAAAGAGCUGAAGUCUGCGACUGCCACUACAGCGGAGAUGACUGGCAAAAUUAGCCUGAUGGUUAACAACCAGGGCGUCGCUACCCUGCACUCCAUCAAGGUUCUACAGCCAAAACAGGUCCGCGUAGACAGCAACCAUGAAAGGACCCGCGAGCUCGUAUGGAAGCGAAGCGCGAGGAUCGCUCACGUGGUCUCCGAAAAACUCUUCGCUGCCUCCAGACCUAUGUUUCAAACCGUCGUCCAUCAGUAGACUUUAGCCUGUAAACCUUAAAGACUAUUUUAUAAUACAUGACAGUAGGAACAAAUGUAUACUUUAGAUGUACGACUGAACAUGUUUCGAGGUGGUAGGAAAUUGGUGGAAUGAUUUUAGUUCUUAUUACAAUCAGGUCUAGAUUAAAUUUUGGUUGAGUUUUGGAUUUUGAAGGCUUUGGUAGUGAACUUUAAAUUGAAUGAAAUUAAUUUUGAAAACAAAUUGACUGAUUGAAGAUAAGUCGCUAACAGAAGGUGAAAUGGUGGAACAGAAUAUUGCAUUUAAAUAAUUUUAGCUUAGGUUUAAGUUGAAUUUUAUACUGCAUAGGUGUUAUGAUACUCAUUAUUAAUAGUCAGAAAUGCAUUUAUUAUUUCGUAACUAAUGGUGCUAAGACUUAGGUCCCAGUGA